UCGUCAACAAGUAAACUCAGUGAGCAAUCUCAAAAUAUUACAAACAGUAGUUUUUAUUAAAAUUAAUACCUAUAGUUAAUAAUUAAAUGCUUUAAAUCAAAGUACAGUGAAAAUGACGAGCAUAUCAUCCUAUAAUAAUGUCACAGUGGUCACAGGUGAAGUGGAAUAUCCCGCAAAUGAUCCUGCCUCGGGUGCCUUCUUCCAGCCGGAUUAUAAAAAGAAUGAUGAUCUGAAAAUGAUGCUGGAUGGAUCUAAAGACUCUUUAAAGUUAGAGGCUAUGAAAAGGAUCAUUGGAAUGAUAGCAAAAGGAAGAGAUGCAUCUGAUUUAUUUCCAGCAGUAGUGAAGAAUGUAGUAUCAAAGAACAUAGAAGUGAAGAAAUUGGUGUAUGUUUAUCUGGUGAGGUAUGCUGAAGAGCAACAGGAUCUGGCGCUCCUAUCCAUCAGUACUUUCCAACGAGCACUAAAAGACCCAAAUCAGCUGAUCCGUGCCAGUGCCCUCCGCGUGCUGUCCUCCAUCCGUGUGCCGAUGAUAGUGCCGAUUGUGAUGCUGGCCAUCAGGGACUCCGCCAGCGACAUGAGUCCGUACGUGAGGAAAACUGCCGCUCACGCCAUACCAAAACUUUACAGCCUUGACCCUGAGCAGAAGGAAGAGCUGGUGGCUAUAAUAGACAAGCUGUUAUCUGAUAAGGCACCGCUCGUUGUAGGCUCCGCUGCGAUGGCCUUCAACGAAGUGUGCGGCGACCGCAUGAGUCUCAUACACAGGAGCUACAGGAAAUUGUGCUCGUUACUAGCAGACGUGGAUGAGUGGGGACAACUGGCCCUGCUCAAUAUGCUUACGUUGUACGCGAAGACGUGCUUCCCAGACCCUAACACCGACUCAUACAACAGCGAUAGCGAGACUGAGAAGCCGUUCUACGAGUCGUCGAGCGAUGAGGGGGAGGAGGCGCAGGCCGGGGACGGGGAGACCAGGGGGGGGCGGAGACCGAGGGCGGCCAGCGUGGAGCCCGACCUGCGGCUGCUGCUGCGCGCCGCCAAGCCGCUGCUGCAGAGCAGGAACUCAGGAGUUGUGAUGGCCGUCGCGCAGCUCAUGUACCACUGCGGACCAGGCCAGGAGUUGUCUCCGGUGGCGAAGGCGAUGGUCCGGCUGCUGCGCGCGCCGCCCGAGGUGCAGAGCGUCGUGCUCACAUCCGUCGCAGCGCUCACGCUCUCCAAGCGGUCACUAUUCGAACCAUUCCUGAAGUCAUUCUUCGUUCGUACCUCCGACCCUACUCACAUCAAGCUACUCAAACUGGAGAUCCUCACCAACCUGGCCACGGAAGCCAGUGCCCCAGUGGUACUGAGGGAGUUCCAGACCUACGUGUCUUCAAAUGAUAAGGUUUUCGCCGGAGCAACUAUCCAGGCGAUCGGGCGCUUAGCUGUUCAGAUUCAAUCAGAAACCGAGACCUGUCUCAAUGGGUUACUGCAUCUGUUAUCCAGCAAAGAUGAGUGGGUGGUGUGCGAGGCGGUGGUUGUGGUGAAGAGGGUGGUAGGUGGCGGGGCCAGCUCCGCACGUGCUGCCGUCGCACGCGCCGCGCGACUGCUAAGGGCCGACAGGUUGGCAGGAGCGGCUCGCGCGGCGGCCGUGUGGCUGGUGGCCGAGCACGGCGCCUCCCGGCCCCGCGCCGCCGCCGUGCUGGCGCACCUCGCCUCCGCCUUCGCCGAUCAGGAGGAGCUGGUGAAGCUGCAGCUGCUGUCGCUGGCGGUGAAGCUGCACGUGGCGCAGCCGGCGGCGGGCGCGCUGUGCCGGUACGUGGCGGCGCUGGCGCGGUACGACGCCAGCUACGACGUGCGCGACCGCGCGCGCCUGCUGCGCCGCUUCCUGCAGCCCCGCGGACACCUCGCCGCGCGCGCCGCACAAGUCUUCUGCCCCGACAAGCCCAAGCCGCAAGUCCACAGCACCUUCAGAGACCGGCAGCAGUUCACGGUGGGCUCGCUGUCGAUGUACACGGGCUCGGCCGCCAGCGGGUACCGGCCCCUCCCGCCCGCGCCCCCGCACGCCCUGCACGGGGCCCUGCGGGACGUGGGGCCCCCCGCGGGGCCCGCCGCCGCCCCGCGCGCCCCCGCCGCCCCACAGGUACACCGUACACCGCACGCCCUGCACGGGGCCCUGCGGGACGUGGGGCCCCCCGCGGGGCCCGCCGCCGCCCCGCGCGCCCCCGCCGCCCCACAGGUACACCGCACGCCCUGCACGGGGCCCUGCGGGACGUGGGGCCCGCCGCCGCCCCGCGCGCCCCCGCCGCCCCACAGGUACACCGCACGCCCUGCACGGGGCCCUGCGGGACGUGGGGCCCCCGCGGGGCCCGCCGCCGCCCCGCGCGCCCCCGCCGCCCCACAGAAAGAUAAAAGCUUUUAUUCGGAGCCGGAGAGCAGUUCCUCAGGGUCGGCAUCAUCUUCAUCCGAAUCCAGCAGCUCUGAAGAAUCUUCUGAUGAAGAAGAAAGCAACGACGAAGAUAAGAAACCAGUGCAGAACAAGCAAAAACAGACCAACAAUUACAGGUCGUCGUCGUCGGGCUCAAGCGAGAGCGGAAGCGAGUCGGGCGACAGUGAGAGCGAGUCGGAUAGCGAGGCGGACAGCGGAGACGGGGAUUCACAACAUAGCGACGACAAGGAGGAUGAACCACCGGCGAGGAGGGCUCCAGCGAGAGAACAGCAGAAGAACGAGAAGUCGAACCUGGAGCUGCUGCUGGAGCUGGACGAGGCGGCCAGCGCGCUGCCGACCAUCACGCCCACCUGCGGAGGACUGCUGUCGCCACUCACCGCGCCCACGGCGGGGACAGCUGACGCAACAGAGAAUGCGAUCACCCCCGUGGGCCCGUCGUUCGUGUCGGCCCCGUACGCUGCAGAGGAGCUAGUAGGACUCGUGUCGUGGGGCGGCCUCGUGGCUCACCGACGGUGGCCUCGCACGCCGCACCUCUACUCGCACCGGAUGUGCUCGGUAGAGGUCAGAUUCACCAACCACACGCCGCGGGACGUCACCAACAUCAGGAUCAAUAAGAAGACGCUGACUGGUUCACGCGCUAUCCACGAUUUCGCCCCCGUAGCGGUACUGGAGCCAGUCGCCAACGCGACCGUCAUACUCGGGAUCGACUUCGCGGACACCAUACAGCCUAUCGAGUUCACCAUGGCCUGCUCCUUAGGUGAAGUGGCGGUGGCGGUACGGCCGCCUGUGGGCGAACUUAUCCGCGCCGUGAACAUGUCCGACGAACGAUGGGCCAGCGAACAACGGCUGCGCGGCAUGACCGAGGUCUCUAUAUUUAACAUUAAAUGGAAAUCCGGUGCAUGA